AAAAGGGGAAGGGUCUUCACGGAACCCCUAUAAAUAUCACAAUUUCCUCAAUUUCUCUCAUUUUUUCCGGUUUCACCUUUGUCCUUCCUCUUUCCCGCUCUCUCAAGGGUUAGGGUUUCUCUUUUUCCAAAAUUUCAAUCACAGUAACAAUGUCGACAUCCAAGAAAGUCACUCUCAAAUCGUCCGACGGCGAGACUUUUGAGGUGGAGGAAGCGGUGGCGGUAGAGUCGCAGACUAUAAAACACAUGAUCGAGGAUGACUGCGCCGACACUGAGAUACCGUUGCCUAACGUGACCAGCAAGAUCUUGGCUAAGGUCAUCGAAUACUGCAAGAAGCAUGUCGAGGCCGCCACUGCUGAUAAGGACAAGGAUAAGUCCUCCUCUGAUGAGGCUCUCACGACUUGGGACGCCGAUUUUGUCAAGGUUGACCAGAAUACCCUUUUUGAUCUCAUCCUGGCUGCUAACUAUUUGAACAUCAAGAGUUUACUAGAUUUGACUUGCCAGACUGUGGCUGACAUGAUCAAAGGGAAGACUCCGGAGGAGAUUCGCAAGACAUUCAACAUUAAGAAUGAUUUCACCCCAGAGGAAGAAGAGGAGGUUCGAAGGGAGAAUCAGUGGGCAUUUGAAUGAUGAAUGUAAAAUGUCCUUGCAAUGUGCAUAUGAUGGUAUGAUGAUAGGAAUGUCGAUAUACGAUAGGAUGCUGUUUUUGUUCUGUGUCUCUUAAUGUGGAGGAUGAUUGGAAAUUUCCUUUUUAUGGUUGACAGCAUGUUUCUUUGAACACCUUAUUCUAAUGUAAUAGAGUUGAUAUCUAAAUGUGCAUGUCUCAGUUGAUUAUUUUUUUU